AUGAUACUGAUAAAUAUCUUACUUGUAUUAUUAACAUUGGCAUUUAGGACUUUCUCAAUUGGACUUGAUGUCUCUUCAUUCGGUGUUCAUGAGGCUGUCGUUGCUUGGUCCAUAUUAACUCAUCUUAGUAGUUCAAGCCUCUUCUCAAAUGAACCAACCUUCCACGAAUUGGAGGGUUUAUAUUCCAUAAUUACUGGUUUAGAUGAAUCUGUAGAUUAUGAAGAAAUUGACCUUAUCCCCUACAUUGAACAAUUGCUGACAGAAAAAUAUAAUAAUCCAGAUAUAGCAUCGCUGUUUUCUUUAUACACAGAAUUAUAUCCAAUGGGAAUCAUUAACAAUGAUUUACAGAAACAGCUCAGACAUUAUGCCAUUGAAGAGAAUGAAAAUUGCUUCAUUUUGAAUGGAAAGAAAUAUACUAAGCCAGAUGAUAUAUUCUAUUUGAAAUCAAACGAUUUAAAACAACAAGCAUUGUUGCCAGACUCUCAGAUCGUAUUGUCAAAUGAAUACAUAAUAUCUGAUGCUGCUGCUCCUGCUACUACUACCGCUGAGAACGGAAACUCUCCAAUACUAACAUUCUAUGGUUGUCCAAAUAAUAAUGACCUAUUUAAUGAAUUCAAUAGAAAUUUGUUCUCAGAAAUUACAUCAAAAUCAGGGAAGUUCCGCUUCAUUUGGAGAUCAACAUGUUCCAUAGGAUCCAACAAUGAAGAAUAUAAAGAAAUUCAAUUUCCCUUAGCAUUGACUAUCAAAGAAAAUUCAGAUUUUAAUUCUUUAUCAAAUAAGAAAACAAACGAAUUCAAAAUCCCAUUAGAUAUCCCCAAAAGAUUCCAAAAUGAUCAAUAUGAACAUUAUAAUCCUUCAGAAACAGAAUUAGAAGAAUUAGAUAUGAAAGUAACUUAUCUAAUUUCAAAAUAUUAUAAACAAACUUCUAACCUAACAUCUACUUCGAAAUUUGCUAAAGGUAUAAUAAAUAAUUUCCCACUUCUAAUGUCACAACUAAUACAGGUAGAAUUACCUCCCACAGCAUUGAAGAAAAUCAAAAAAAGUAACUCUGAUUUAGAAAAAUUUGGUGUGGAUUAUAAAAUGUUAGGUCUAUAUGUUAACGGUCAAUACAUCAAAUUAAGUUCUUUAAAUGAAUUUUCUUUGUUGAAUAUGAUUGUUAAGGAACAUUCUCACGUUUCUAAAUUAUUAUUCCUCUUCGAAAAUAUGUUUCCCAAUACAAUGAAACCAACGUUGAGUUCAGUGAAAAAAAUUAUCAAUUAUUUUUCCUCCAUAUCAUUGGAUAAUUUAAAUACCCUUCAACCUAUAAAAUAUAACCUACAUAUGAUACCAGGAUUUUCAGAAAGCGUAAUUUAUUUUAACGACAUUGAAAUUGAUUCUCAAUAUGAUGAAUUAAGCAAUGAUAUUUCUGCAUUUUUUCAGGAAUCGAAAUUUGGGGAAUUACCAGAAUAUAGACAAAAUUGGAAUGAACUCAUCUUCGUUAUAGAUUUUAAUAAUUUACAAGAUGAAAGUACAAUACAUGCAUUGAAAGGAUUAAUCACAGCAAUUAACGUUAUUACACAAGGUUAUCCUCAAAGAAUAGGAUUAUUACCAUUAGAUACAAGUCAAGGUACAAACCUACUUGUGCAACGAAUGAUAAGGAAAGUUUAUGAAUUGAAAAAUUUCGAUUUGAUUGAAUUACAAUCCUUCUUACAAGAAUUAUCGGAAAUUAACGAAGAUGUCGAUCUUGAUAUGGAAGAUGAAAAUUAUCCAUCUCCAAAUGUUAAUAAAUUAUUAAAGAACUUACAAAUUUUUGAAACUUCGAUUAUCAUUGAUGGUGAAAUUUAUCCAUUUAAGAAAAAUACUUGGCAUUAUUUGAUUGCUAAAGUCAUUAAGAAAGAUGUUUCAUAUUUAAAGAAUGAAUUGAGACAAAUAGCAAAUAAAAUUCAAAAUAAUGCUGCCAAUCCAGUGAAGGACGUAAGAUCUUUACUUCAUAUGAAAUCUGGUAACGCAAGACAUUCUAAAUAUACACCAGAUUAUUUUUCUGAUGCCGUAUAUACAACUAUGAAUAAUACGGUACUAUUUGAAAUUCAAGAACGUAUAGUUGAAUAUGUUGCGUCGGAAGAAUAUAACCUAUUGCAUACAAUCACUUUAUUUGAUGAUUUUAAUACUUUAAGUUCUUUGAAAAGAUUACAAAACUUACUAGAGAACACAUAUUCAGGUAUCAGGGUUAGAAUUAUACAUAAUGGAUCUAUGAAAGGGAAAACAUGGACCAAAUUAAAAAAAGUUUUGGAAAAGAAAAAAAAUGUUAAAUCUCAACUUUCUGCCCUUAUUCAGCAAACAAAGAACAACGAAUAUGAGGGAACAAGCUCCAUUAAUCCUAAUAUGUUAGCCAGAUGGCUUCCUGAUAUCUCAGUCCCAUUUGUUCCCGGCUUAUCUUCAUUUAUGAUAAUAAACGGGAGGUUUAUACAUUUUGAACCAACGGAAAUACCUACAACGACAAAUUUUGAAGCCAUAAUUAAAAGAGAGGCCCAAAGAACUUUACAAACUACGUUUUCUUUGAUUAAAGAAUUUCCAACAUUAGAAGACGCGAAAUUCAAUCCAGAUUUAAUAGAAAUGACUUCAGCAUUAUUAACUAAAGAAUUCUAUCAUUCUACUAAUGUUUUUGAUAAUGGUAUUGAAUAUUCAACAGAAAAUUACUUCCCAAGAUUGAAUUUGGACGAACUGUUGAAAUUUAAUAGCUAUACAACAUUGCAAUCCAACUCUCACAACUCCAUAAAACCGGUAGAUAUUCUUUUACUUAUUGAUCCAUUAGAAGAAAGAUCCCAAAAGAUCUUGUCAUUAAUAUCUAAAUUAAAAAAUUUAUCAUUUAUUAAUUUACAAAUUAUAUUAUUACCCACUGAAAAAUUAAAAAUCGUCCCUAUCGAAAGAAUAUAUAUUGACAAUCCUAUCGAGGAAACUUAUCCACUACCUAACAUUCUUAUGGAAAAUUUCGAAGUAGAUAUCGAUAUUCCCUCUCAAUUUUCCUCAAACAAUUUCCAAGAAUUAAAAAAAAUAUCCAUAGAAGUACAUACGUUUCCUACAAACUCUUAUCCCUCUCAAUCUCAAGUGGAUGGUAUAGGUGGUGUAUGUCUCGAAUUGAUAAAUUCUCAAGGGGAUGUUGUCGACACCACUACAACAAUGGCCACAUUUGGAUAUGGUACAUUACAUGCUAAUGAUAUUAAUACUAAGUAUCAAGUGAGGAGUUGUGGUGAUGAUUUCAUCAUUGGUUCAUUCUCAGUGAACACUUAUUCUGAUUAUAUCCCAGUGGAUUCAUUUUCAAUUGCAGAUUUUACUCCAAUAAAGUUAUAUGUUCAAGUAAUGAAGAAUCCUAAUUUUCAUGAAAAGGUAAAGAAAGUAGAUGAUAAUAAUUAUCAUGUAUUUACCCUUUUAAAGGACGACCCUGACGAAGAGACCAUAUACCAAGAUAUGGUGUUUUCAUUGCUAAAAAAUCCAGAACGUAAGCAAGACAGCAUAUUACACUUCUGGAUAAUUGACCAGCCAUUCUUCUCUCAAGAAUUUAGAGAAUUUAUUAGAUUAAUCAAUGAAGAAACGGAAAAUUUACGUGGUAUAAUACAUUUGUUUUCUUAUGAUUGGCCAUCAUGGUUAAGACCUCAACGGUUCAGAUCAAGAACGUUAGAUGUCUCAAAGAUACUGUUUUUAGAUACAUUAUUCCCACAAAAUAUCUCAAAAGUUCUUUACAUGAAUCCAGUAGCACAGAAUAUUGUUGAUCCGGCUAAAGUGAUCGACCAAUAUAAUGUAGAUAAUGCAUUUUCCAUGCUGAAGAUGAAUGGUAAAGGGUAUUGGAACGAAGGGUAUUGGUCUAAGAUGUUAGAUGAGAAUAAUCUUGAAUUUUAUUCAGUUAAUCCAUUUUUCCUAAUAAAUUUAGAAAAUGUUCGAAAAAAUGAAGUAUGUGAAAAAUUAAGGGUACAUUAUCAAAGGUUAACAACGAAUAUAAAUUCUUUACAAGUAAUUGAUCAAGAUUUGCUAAAUGAUAUACAGCUGUUAGUUCCAAUAAGUGCACUUCCUGAUAAAUUACGAACAAUUUCAGUUCAUUCUACUGAAACCAAUUUUUUGCAAUGGAAGCAAAAUAAAGAACAGAAAUAUUCGCAAAUAAAAACUACGCAAGAACAAAUAUCUCAUGAUGAACUGUAA